UACUUUUCUCGAAGGUGUUGGGCCCGUGGGCCUGAGGGGGACCAGCAACAACAGGCAUGAUGAAUGGCAAAGGAAAGAAAAGAGAUUAAAACUGAGGUAAAGAAGAAUAGGUCAAGGGUACAGUACACGAGAGUACGAAGACACUGCCGGCGUCGAGAUGCAAAGCGAAGCUCCAGCGCAUGCAAAGCCCCGAGGCUCAGGCGAUGCCCACCACGUGAUACCGCCUGCCUGAUUCGGCACGGCGCUCUCUUUGCCGGAAGAUGACAUAAGCCACACGGGCUACAUCACGUGAUGGGGCCUGAGGCGGGUGG